AUGUGGCCUUCCCUGGUAACUGCGGUUGUCGUCGCAGCAGCGGCAUUCCAGCCACUGACCUCAGCCUCUCCUUUGAAUAAUGAUGCUAUUCUCCGCCGCGAUACUUAUCAACCCAAGACGGUGAACGUCACUAUGAAGGGCUUGUACAAGUACAGCUUGCUUCAGGAAGUUCAUAACCCGAACAACACCGAUGCAUCCUUUGAAAGGACGAUCGACACCUCCUACGAGAUUACCCGGUCUACUUUCUUGGAGCACACAUCCUCUGAGACCAAAACAGAAUCCCACACUACAAAUGUUGGGUUUGAGGCAGGCGCAUCGUACGGGAUCGUUGAAGCCAAGGUCAGCGCGAGCAGCGAAACUUCUUCCCAGUUGGAAACUGCGUUUUCCAGCUUGCAACGCAUCUCGACCGAGGAAACUAUCAAGGAAACAAAGUCGACCAAGCAAUCUUUUACCAUCGGCAAGGGCGAUACGUAUACAAUUUAUGAACGGAUCUUCACUGCCCCUGGAAUCAAUGUCCACACCAAUGCUGUUGUCGCCGGUCCCAACAAGCCAAAAGAGACCGAGAUCGAAUACACUGUGACUCUACAGGAAAACCGCUUCCUCAAAGAUAUCAAGGUCCAAUAUGGAGAUAACGAAUUUUCCGAACCCCAGGAUGCAAUCAAACUGGUUGGAAAUGCCAAGGCCGAUGUCAACAAAGGCUUUGGUGGAAAAUAUGUCUGGCUGGUACCUGUCUGGACUAACAAGGUCUCGGAAGCCUGCUCCAACGUCGGGAUCGUUAUUCAAAAGGAUGUUGUGGAGGGCCACGAUGAUCUUGCUGCCGGUGCCGGUGGGAAAUUCCGAUUCCUGUUCCCUCAGGUGCAGGACAACAACUCCAACAAGAUCACCGACAUUCAGCUCUAUCGCUCAUCAGAUGGGUUGACGGCCGAUGCGCUUUCCAAAAUGGGCUUCCAGGGAAUGUCGGAUGAUAUCAACAAAGGCCGGAAGGGUGAUUAUCUUUACCUCUUGUGGAAGACGGUUGAUGUUGAUCAUACUACUGUUCGCCUUUGA